AUGCAGUUCAAGCUUUUCGUUGCCCCUCUCCUUGUCGCCCUGGCCAUGGCUGCUCCUUCUUUCGAGGACGGCCAUCUCGCCAAGCGUACCUGCGGCACCCUUACCGGCGAGAAGUUGAGGAUCUGCCAGGAGGCUUGCAAGGCCCUCUGUAAGGCUGGAACUGCGGGCAUUGCCUCGGGUCUCUGUGAGAAGGCUUGUGACCUUGGUCCCAUGAAGCGUGAGGCGGCUCCCGAGCCUGAGCCUGAGCCCUCUUUUGGACAAAAGGCCUGUGAUGUUGCUUGUGACGUUGCGUGCAAUUCUACUGUCCUCGCUCUGGAGCAGAAGAAGUGCAUUGAGAAAUGCGUAAGUAUUAUCGGCGUUCGUUUCUCGGUUUCAGCUGUGCUAACCGGAUUUAAUCACUACAGAAGGCCAAGUGUGACAACUAGACUUUGGGGUACAAAUAUGCUGGCCUUAGCCUCUGGACAAUCUCUGUACUUUGAAAUUUGUUACAGUAGAUGGGGUGGUAAUCGUAGUGGGGGAACAUUGGAUGCUUGA